AGCAGUGUGUCAAAGCUGCGGAAGCCCAGGAAGUUUGAGCCAGUUGGAAGGAUAUAGAACCACAUUGAAACGCGCCUUGACGCACGGUGGGAACAGAAGCAGCGAUGGGAGCUUCGCAGACGCGCGCUGAGCACCAGUACCAGGACCUGGCUGACAAAACUGGGUUUUCAUUCGAGCAGAUCAAAAACCUUUACCAAAGAUUCCAGCAGCUGAGCGGAAAUGAAGAGACAAUAAGUAGAGCAAACUUGGACAGCAUACCGGCCCUCGCCAACAACCCAAUCAGGAAGCAAAUUAUUGGAGCAUUCUUCGAUAAAAGGAACCAGCAUCAGGAUGAAGUGGGCUCUUGCGAUCAGAUUGGCUUCGAGCAAUUCCUCAUGGUCAUGUCCCAUUUCCGCCCUCCGAACUUGAGAACGACGGAUGAGGAGAAGGAAGCUAUGAGAAAAGAGAAGCUUCGCUUUCUGUUCAACAUGCAUGACUCCGACAACGAUGGCACCAUCACUUUGGCGGAGUACAGGAAGGUAGUAGAGGAGCUAAUGUCGAAGAGUGGAGAAAUCGGGCAGGAAACGGCCAAGGCCAUAGCAGACGCUGCCAUGUUGGAAGUGGCAAGCAUAAAUGUGCCCAACAUGGGCCCAGAGGAGUUCUAUGAAGGAAUAACAUUUGAGCAUUUUGAAGAGAUUUUAAAAGGGCUUGAAAUGGAGUCCAGGAUGCACAUUCGCUUUUUGGAUGUGGACACAUCAACAAUGCGUUGUGGGAAAUCCCAGUCUUGAAGUUGUUCUUGUAAAGAAAGUUAUAUUGCUGCUGUUUUUAGCAGGGCCUCUCAAGUCCUUAAAUCGAAUGAACCAAAAAACUUGAUUAUUUUCAAAUGGAGGGAUGUAGUUAUAAACCAAAAAACAUACUACUAGUACAUUUUUAUAUGAUUAAUAAAGACUGACAACAUGGUUAAAAUAAUCAAGUCGAAAUACAUUUAUCUUUAACUUUUAAGCCUUUUUAGGUUAUUUCUGUUUGAACGCUCUGUGAUCUUUGGAAGUGUCAUAUAUUUAAAAAAGAUGUGUUAAUGUUGUCAGGUUGUUAUACUAUCAAACAACCUCUGCCUAAUAUAACCAGCAUGUAAUGUGAAGGAUUCUGUGUACUUUAGUGAAGAAGUUCACAUGUUAGAUAGUCUUGCUCUGGCAUCAAUGGGUCGUCUGUUAUGGCUCUCAUCCAAAGAGUGGGACUGCACAGCAUUCCUCCACAGCUCCAGAACAGGUCACCUUUUUCUAUUCCUCUCAGACCGUGUAACCAAACACUGAUCUCUGCCUUAAAAAACCUCCAUGUUUGACAGCUAGAAGGAUAUUUAACACUUUCCCUGAGAUGAUUCAAUACAACUGUUUUAAUGAACUGAAAUGUAUUAAUGAACAAAAUAAAUGUAAGAAACCAAAA